AUGGAGGUCGACUCAGUGAGCAACCGCAGCCAGCGACCGAGGCCGCCUUUUGGUGAUGCACAGAACCGCGCAAAUAUGGCUCACCCUAACCUGCAACGGUCGCGUCAUAUUACACUCUCUCCAUCUUUCGAGAAGCUUAACUUGGACGGACCAGAUUCAAAGCCUAAUGAGAUUAUGGAAACCACGUUGACGCCCGUCGAAAAUAAACGAAUAUCAGCUAUUGUCGAGGGCCAACCCAACUCAAACCGUAACUCUACGAUCUCCACCGCCUCAACCACAUCCACAAAGUCUCGACGCAAGACUCACAUUGGGCCAUGGCAGCUGGGGAGGACGCUUGGCAAAGGAUCGACAGGACGGGUACGGCUUGCAAAGCAUGCUGUAACUGGCCAAUCUGCAGCCAUCAAGAUCGUCUCCAAGCGUUUUGCAGCCAUGGUUCAAAGCCAGAGCAUUAUGGUUAUGGAUAAGGUAUCGAGAAUCCCAGGACUCACCAAGGAGUCUAGAGCUAUUCCCUGUGGAAUUGAAAGGGAGGUGGUUAUUAUGAAACUCAUUCAGCAUCCAAACGUAAUUGGCCUCCUCGAUGUAUGGGAAAAUAGAGGCGAACUGUACCUUGUUCUCGAGUAUGUGGAGGGAGGGGAGUUAUUCGAAUAUAUCUCUGAGCAUGGACCGCUUCCUGAGAUUGAGGCUGUGCGACUCUUCAGACAGAUAAUCUCGGCCGUGUCUUACUGUCAAAGAUUUAAUAUCUGCCACAGAGAUCCCAAACCUGAAAAUAUCCUGCUUGACGGUUCAUUCAACGUUAAGCUAGCUGACUUUGGAAUGGCAGCCCUACAGCCCGAAGGCCACAUGUUAAAUACUUCAUGUGGCAGCCCUCAUUACGCCUCGCCCGAGAUAAUCUAUGGAAAGCCAUACCGCGGCGAUAAAGCUGAUAUUUGGAGCUGCGGGAUCAUACUUUACGCUCUUUUAUGUGGGUUUCUACCAUUUGACGGGGGUGACCUGCGAAACACACUCAAGCUUGUUAAAAAAGGAGAAUACAUGCUUCCGCCCUGGAUGAGCGAAGAGGCUAUAGAUCUGGUUCAAAGCAUCCUUCAGAAGGAUCCAGAGAAUAGGAUAACCCUUACUGGCAUGUGGGAGCAUCCUCUUUUGAAAAAAUAUGAAAAUCACCCUCUCUUAAAGAGUGGGCUUGCUAUUGGUCUUGCGCCGCCUCUGCCUUUGAGGAUGUACAGUAAAGUCGCUAAUAAGCGACAGGACAUCAACGUGGAGAUAUUACGAAACCUUCAAACACUUUGGCAUGCUGUCGAUUCAGAGGAGUUGAUUGAAAAACUCCUUGGCGAAGAAGGCAACCUUGAGAAAGUAUUCUAUCGGACCUUGCAAAAGUUCCGGGAGGCACAACUAGAGGCCUCUGGUGAAUUGCCACUCAAGCACUCCAGCAGUGACUAUCAUCAUGCUCCAGCAGCUCACAUCAAGGGUUUAUUCACGCCACCUCAGUCAUGGAAAGGCUCUAGAUUCUCCCUUGCGAGAGGAGGUUCUCUUAAAGAUGGUACUUACCGAGAGCCGUCGUCUCUAGGCACCAUAUCAACUUAUGACCCCUACCGAUCCUCACAGACGCCAACUCCAAACCCACGAGCGGAGUUUGCCAAUGUUACAAUUCAUAGACGGCCAACUCGCAUGACAGGGACUGCCCCAUCACCAUCACCAAAUUCGCCUAGUCUGACACCCGGUCCCCCCUCGUCUUACACUGUUAUCCAAGGAUUUAGUUCCCAGAAGACCUCUUUGGCAUCGUUUCGAUCCUAUAGUUCCCUAGGAAGUUCUCGGUGCCGCGCAACGGGCUCGAAACAUAUUAGAUAUCGUCGGAAUGUUAGCUUCCGACAUCUUCACAACCUGUCAGGCAGCUACACUCCUGUCAGAAAACGGGCUUCUACUUCAGCCUCACAAUAUUCGCUAUGUCCAAGCCAGCCAGCCACAGCGCAAGCCGCAAAAGCGCAGACCGCAACAAAACUUCAGGGACAAUCUCCCGACCAUGCCGACUCACCUACUACACCUACACCUCCGUUGAUGGCUCGCAAACGUGACCCCGCAAAACGGGAUAAUGUGGCAAUAUCCAAGGCUAGGUUAUCAUGGAGAGAAGAUGCGAGAAAGGUGUCAGCUGAACUUGAAAAGCUAUGUGAAGAAGCAUUCAACCAAGUAUCUGACUCAUCGUCAGCCACAAAGGGCCCCUCCGAAAGCAAAGGGGCAUCAGAUACUUCUUCAAUGUCCUCCAUAUCCAGCAAUGGAGAACCGGAACCCAAGGUCGAAGCCAUAAAGGAUUUACUCCCUAAGCAGCCACAGGAAUCGCCUCGUACAUAUGCUGCCCUGGAGCUGGCCGAGGCUCGGCGUCGUCUUAUAGAACAUUCAGCACAGGCCGGUGUUAAUGGACUACCAGACUAUCUCAAAAAUGUUAUUGCUCACCUGGACCGUCUUAUUGACGGAGAGACUGCGAGUUCUGGUAGCAAACCAAUGACCAAGCAGACUCUGGUAGCCCGGGAGUCAACCGGACGCCUCCCAGUUAUAUCUGAAGAAAAUUAUUUUGAGCCUGAAUCGAAGUCCUUCCUCCCACCACCUGAACCAACUAAACCAUUGGACCUGGGUCUGGAUAAUUGGGAAACCAAGAAGUCAAUUCGUGUUGUGAAUAAUGACUCUAUGAAAACCAAUCCAGACAGUGUCACAUCGUUGACUGUCCAAAAGAAGCAAACAGGAGAAUUGCCUUCGUUGGACUGUGCGUUUAAAUCUUUUGAAUUUUCAGGAUACCUUGCGCCUGGAUGCAAUGAGGAUGAUGUCUCGUCUCCUCGGGAUAUGGUAGUUAGACAUGACUCUGGUCUGGAUUCCAUUGACGAAAAUCCGAAUUCUGCUAGAAGCAGCGCAGCUCGUAACUCGGAUGAGGCUAAGAAGUGGACUUGGUUGAAACCCCGUCAGAACAGCAGUGAUACCACUGAUACUGAGGUAUCUAGAGAUAAGCCAUUUACAGAUCUCCUUGAUCGAAUGCAAGAGGAGAGGAGAAAGUCUGCUUUUAGCAACAUUGAACAACACUUCAGAGAUUUAGGAGCAACGGCCGGUGGGCUUCGACUAAAGAAACUCUUCAGGAGAAAGAAAGCUCCUGGCCGCAUCCACAAACUUACUGACGAGGCUGACGAAACUGAUGUUACAAGUACCAUUAGUGACACUGACAGCAAGCCGAACGAUAGUGGUGUUGAGCUAGAUGAUGAUAGCACAGCUGCAACAACCCCCAUGCGCAAAAAUAGCGAUGACAUACCACUGACCACUGCUAGCUAUACCAACACUUGGUUUUCGAGGUUCAUGCUCAUGAAGCCUGCCUUCAAGGUGCUUGCGCUAAAUAUCUCCAAGCCACGUGCAAAGAAGGAAGUUGUCAAGAUAUUCAAAGAGUGGAAAAAAUACGGUCUUGAGGGUCUCCACCUUGAUAACCAGAACGACAUUAUCUGCGGAUCCGUGGGGGAACUGAACUUCCUCCGGCUUCGACCAGUCCAGUUUUCGGCCGAGUUCUUCUCCGUGCUUGAACAUGGCCGUCAUGCAAACCUCAGCCUUAUUCGCCUUCGCCAGGACCAGGGAGCAUCGUCGUCAUUCUACAAAGUGGUCCAGACGCUUAGGAUGGCCCUCAAGGAACGGAACUUUCUCGUCCAAGAUACUCGCCGGGCUAAGAAGAUGAUCAAAGUCCUUGCUUAG